AGGGCCGGAAGCGGCGCCGGGAAUGGCUCUAAGGGAGGGUGGUGAGGCUGGAGCCAGAGCCGGAGUCUGGAGGCGGGAGCGGCCACCAUGUCUACUCAGCGACUACGGAAUGAAAGCUAUAAUGACUACAGUUCGACGGAGGUGAGCCCGACUGAGUCGCCUUCCAAUGGACUAGAUGACUUCCCCAGCUCGAGCUCCUACCAACGGUUUGGGGAAACCAGCGGGACAACAUGGUUCCAGACCUUGAUCCACUUAUUGAAAGGGAAUAUUGGCACAGGUCUCCUAGGGCUGCCCCUGGCAGUGAAGAAUGCAGGGAUCUUGAUGGGUCCUCUCAGUCUGUUGGUCAUGGGCAUUGUGGCUGUGCACUGUAUGGGCAUCUUGGUGAAGUGUGCACGUCACAUCUGCCAGAGGCUACGCAAACCCUUUGUGGACUAUGGAGAAACAGUGAUGUACGGGCUGGAAGCUAGCCCUAGCUCUUGGCUUCGGACUCAUUCCUUAUGGGGAAGGCAUAUUGUGAGCUUCUUCCUGAUUGUCACUCAGCUGGGCUUUUGCUGUGUGUAUUUUGUAUUUCUGGCUGACAACUUUAAACAGGUAGUGGAAGCAGCCAAUAUGACGACCAACAACUGCCAAAGCAAUGAGACCGUGGUGCUGACGCCCACCAUGGAUUCACGGCUCUACAUGCUCUCCUUCCUGCCUUUCCUGGUGCUGCUGGUGUUUGUCCGAAACCUCCGAGCCCUGUCCAUCUUCUCGUUGCUGGCCAACAUCAGCAUGAUGGUCAGCCUCAUCAUGAUCUAUCAGCAUAUCGUGCAGGGAAUUCCAGACCCCAGAAACCUGCCCUUGGUAGCAAAUUGGAAGACCUACCCCCUGUUCUUUGGUACAGCCAUAUUUGCAUUUGAAGGCAUCGGAGUGGUGCUGCCCCUGGAAAAUAAAAUGAAUGAGCCCCAGCAUUUUCCAGUCAUCUUGUAUGUGGGAAUGACCAUCGUUACCCUGGUCUACAUCAGCCUGGGAUGCCUGGGUUACCUUCAGUUUGGAGCAGCCAUACAAGCCAGUAUAACCCUCAAUCUGCCCAAUUGCUGGUUGUACCAGUCUGUCAAGCUGCUUUAUUCCAUUGGGAUCUUUUUCACCUAUGCCCUGCAGUUCUACGUCCCUGCAGAAAUCAUCAUCCCUUUUUUCAUCUCCCGAGUGACAGAGCGUUGGGCGUUGGUGGUAGAUUUGUCUGUGCGCGUAGUCAUGGUCUGUCUAACCUGUGUCUUGGCCAUCUUGAUCCCUCGACUAGACCUUGUCAUCUCCUUGGUGGGCUCUGUGAGCAGCAGCGCCUUGGCUCUGAUUAUCCCUCCACUCCUGGAGAUCACUACGUAUUACUCGGAAGGCAUGAGCCCCAUCACCAUUGCUAAGGACAUCUUGAUCAGUGUCUUGGGCUUCAUUGGGUUUGUGGUGGGCACCUAUCAAGCACUCUAUGAGCUGAUCCAGCCAAGUGUGUCUCCCGCUUUUGCCAACGUUACCAGUGCCUUUGUACAAUGACCUUUUCGGUACAUUCUCUGCGUGAAGCCACCCCACCCCACCAAAUGUCUGUCGCCAAGGCCUCGGGUAAGGCCAAGGAUGGAGCAGGCUAGGUAGGGGCUACUCUUAUUUGUCAGUCGGGGACUUAUAAAUAGCCAGGCCAGUGGGACUGGUUGGACUGUGGAUGAUUCCAAUAGUGAUGGUCAUUUCUCAGUACUUGUUUUACCCCAACACUUUCCCACCCGUUCCCUCCCCUCUUACAUUUUGUGGCUUUUAUCUUAGUGCAGCACAACUCUCUCCAUCUUUCAGUGACUCACCUGGAUAGUUUCCUCUCCUCUGGUCCAAGCCUCUACAAAACAGGUCCAUCUGUUUGACUGCUACCCCUGUUCUUUUACCUCUGAUUUUCUUGCCUUCUGGACUCUUCUGGGGGGCUGCACCUUAAACUACUUUCAGCUGAAUACUUCAAGUUACAGUCUUGAUCCUGACUUGAUCCAGGUUUUCUGGGGCACCUUAGGCAGCACCUUCCCCUCAGAAUCUACCACAUGUGGGGGACGAAUAUGAGCACGUUCCUAAUCACUUAGCACUUUGAACACACUCUGUACUGUGUGAGUUCAAAACCUUUCUGCUUUAUUUCAAGUUAGGCCUCUGCACCUGAACUCUCUCUGAGUCUGUAAUUGCUGGGGUCAUUAGACCCAGCUUAUUCUUGCCAAACCUCACCCUUGCUUUUCCUAUGAAAAAAAUUACUUGAUUUAAACUCGUAAUUUAUUGUACAUUUAGCAUAGAAAUGGGGAAAGCAGUCCGCUGCUCUCAUAACCAUCUUCUAAGAGAAGAUUAAUGCACUUGGGACAAGACUUGAGGCUCGCAUGAGGCCAAAACACAAAAUGUGUCACAGGACGUUUAGAAAAUUAAUUCUAUAAGCCAGGUUCCUCAGUCUCUAUGAGAAGAAUUGAAAGGUAUGACAGUAUCCUCACUGACAGCAUGUAUUGGAACCCUGAAUCCAUCUCAGUCUGGUUAAAUUGGCAGCAUAUGUCCCUGCCUCAUUCUCCUUCUAGGCUGGGGGUUAUGUAUCCCAUUGACAAAGAUGAGAAGUCAAGGUCAGCAAGUCAAGUCCUAGAUAGAAACAAAGCAAUUGAGGAAUUCCCACCAUGUGGGGUGAAGUUACGUUGUGGAACUUGAUUGAUUAAGGAGCUCAGUCAGAGAGUUCUCCAUAGUACAGCCCUUACUGGCUCCAGAGCUGUCUCUCUGUCCCACACUUCUCAUGAGCCCAUUAGGGGACAUACCUACUUGGGGCACUGGUAACACUAUUAUAAGGGAUCCUGACCUUUUCUUCCUAUCAGGCUUCCCUAUGUGCCAGGAGCAUUGGUUGCUAAGGAUCUGAGGCCACCUUAGCCUAAAUUAAGGUUUUGGAAGCUUCCCAGUCCUGAAUUUGAGAAGGGGCUGAACUAGCCUCUUGAAGAUGAGUCUCACUCAUCUAACUUUUUACUGUUUCCUUGCCCUUCCUGCUUGAUGAUUGGGAAAUGAUUCAAAAGGGCAUUAGUGAAUUCUUUGACUCUGUCUGUUGGCCCAGAGGGUUUUAGCAAAGGUCCAUUUGGUGCCUCUCCCACCCCUCCCUGUGCCCUCACCAUAACUCUUUGCUCUGCUGCCCUGGAAAUACAGGUGCCUUAGGCAGUAGGGUAGGGGAGGGAAGUUUAUCUCUCCAUCUUUGCUUUGCCUUUUUGCCUUCAAGCAGGGCUCAGGCUUCUAUGUGAGUACUUGAUGCUUAAGUCAGUGGGGUGGCUGAGGGUGAAAGCUUUAGUCAAGGUGACCCUAUGCCUCUGAAAUCAGCAGGAUGUCAGGGGUUCUUCCUCCAAAAUCAAGUACAGCUAGAUGUCAGGUGAAGGGGCUGAAGAAGGAUUUCUUUUUAAAUGUACAAUGUCUCUUAAUAGAUAAAAGAUGCUUAAAAACUCUAGCAAAAAAGAUUUACAUCAAACAAUCAAACUGAGGACUUAUUCUGGUCUCAUACCUAUUAGAACCAAAUUACAAUUUAUAACUUGAUUCUGGCCAGUGGGAAUUUUGUUUUCCAUCCCAUGCUGUUAGGGGAUGGUAAAGGGUCUUGGAAAACAAAUGCAAACUGGAAUGGAUAGGAGGUGCUGGUUCUUUGGUUCUUAAAUUCCAGAAGAGAAUUUAAUAGUUUUUUUUUUACCUCCCAUUAUCGGCCAAGCUUCUGGAAUCUAUGUAACCACCCUGCUGUUAGCUUAACAGUCUAUCCAGAAUGGUCCUCAGUCCUUCCUCCCUCCUCAUAUUUCUUUGGAACCCCUUCUGCAUCACUGCUGUGACCUAGGCCAUGACCUCAGGGCCUAGAACACUUGAGACAGAGACCCAGGACCUCCCAGCUAUGGAGCAGAGGCCAGGUCAUAAUGUCAGCUUUCUGCUCCAAGGUCUCUUAAGGGACCAGUGCCUCUGCUUUGCACUUUGUAGAAACUAACCUAGGGGCUCUGUCCUCUUAAGGGUGCUGGAUAUGUAGCUAGGGGAGAAAAGGCUUAAAGGGAGAAGGCAGGCAUGAGGAGCUUUUUUUUUUUCUUUCCGUUGUCCUUUGAAUAGAAAAUCAGAGCCCUAAAGACCCUGCCCUCUAGGGAGUGGCUCUCCAUGUACCUCCAUAAUGUUCCUAUCCCUUCUUUGUUUCUUCCUCCCCUUGGCACCUCUUUGCUUGUAAAUAUUCCAGGCUUUUUACUGCAAGGGACUCAGUUUCUGUCUGGGUUCUCUGUCUAUUCCCUAGACUGGGUGAGUUGGGCUGAUCGCAGACAAGGGUCUACGGGAACCUCAAAGAAUGCAGGGUUCUCUUCAUCCAGCGCCAGAAUUGGGAGCGGGGGUUUCCUAAUCUCACUUGACAAAGUACAAUCCUACUCAUCUAGAGAGGGGGCAAGGGGAAAUUCCUAAAUUUACUGGGAGCUAGGUGCCCUAUCCUGGUAUGUUGGGUUCAGGUCCCUUGUCCCUGGUAACAACUCUCUUCACAAGGGCAUUAUUUAUGUUUAGUGCUAUCCAAGUGUUAGACUGAUGAGCACUGCUGUGUACGCACAAACCCUGAGCAGAAGUGAAUAGUUUUGUGUUAGCCUAGACCCUGUUGCCUAUAGCCUUCCCAUUCUGUGAUCCAACUUCCCUACCCUAGUUAGUAUUGGAUAUGCUUAGUACCAAGACCUCAUCCUUCAAAACCCUAUAAUCCUCUCCUUCAAAAAACCUUUUAGUUUUGUGAAACCCUUAAGGUAGUGAAACCGAGCUGGUAAAUUGGGAAAGAUCACUUUCCUCCCUCUCUACCACCUCUCUAGAUACAUGUUAGGCAGAAGAAUGCCUUCUUUAUUUAACACUACAUGCUCACUUCAUGCUUUCUUCAAGUGUAACAGUAAAAUUCCACUCAUUGUUUACAGAUUUUAUUCCUUAUUCACUACUGCAAAUGAAUUGGUCUGAGCGUCUUAUCUGUAUAAUAAGGUAAUAGAGUCAGUGCUUGGUGUUGGGCAGAACAUUAUGCUACUUACUCUCAGAAGAGCCAUACAUUUGCCACUUUCUCCUAAGAGAGCCAUAAAGUGAAAAUAGUCUGAUUUGGUGACUUCAGAAUUGCCUUGCAUUUGAAAUUUGCAGAAAGGAUCAAAUGAUUGUCCAUGAGCACAAAUUGAACAGACAUCUUAGACUACGGCUCAGGCAGGGGGAGACUAGGGAGUCAAGGGUGUGUAUUGCUUUUGAAACCUUGGGCAGAAUGGCUUAGGCAGUUUAUCCCUCUAGUUCCAAGGUGGUUUGGCCUAAUGGUGUCAAGUUUCUUCUGAAUCUUUGUACCAUCAAAGUGUCUUAUUGGUUUGGUCAGGGUUGGGGCUAGGCUAGGAGCAGAGAGUGCACGGUUAGAAAUAAUUAGAUUUUUUUAACUUCAAGAAGAGGUUAAUAAAUUAUCAGAGGGUGAAGUUUGAUGUCUGACAAUUACUUAACUGAAAAAUCAACCAAUCAUGUUUGCCAUUGUCCAAAUGAAUAAGAGAGUAGAAAGUCUCAAUUCAAUGUAAGAUUGCCACAUGGCAGAUCCCAGUAACCAGGAUAUCACCGUAUAAUGCAACCACCAGGAGCCGAUGGUAUUGUAAAUGUUUUGUGCCUUUUAUAUUUAUAUUAAGUACAAAUGUGGCUCAUGCAGGGAGCUUUGUGGGAGAUCUUGUGUUUGAUUCUGCACAUGGAUCAUGUGUUUUUCCUUUCAAUAAAUGAAGUGUUUUUGUUUUCGUUUUUUUAAUUUUGA